UUGUGUUCGGGCCUUCGAGGCACAGGCUGUACAUUCAUAAAUGCACACCUGAGUUCGAUAUGAUCCGACCCAUUUCAGUUUCGGAAUAAAACGGGUCGUCGUCGUCUUUCUCUGUUCUCAACUUCUCACACAGAAUAGUCUGUAAGAGGAAGAAGAGAAAAGCAAUGAGUGGAGAAGAAUUAGCGGGCCCCCCAGCGCCAAAGCUCCUCCGUCUGCUUUAUUUUGUCGGCGCUGGCUUUAUUUGCACUGUUGGAAUCAACAAAUGGCUUGAGCUUCAGCGCAAGUCCAUUUUACAACAGCAGCAGCUCCCUGAAAAUGCCGCAAAUGCUCUUGAGUGAUCUCCAGGUUUAAGGCAACUUUUCAAUUUUUGUCGUGGAAUUUGGCAAGUAAGCUUGAUCUUUGGCUUCGUUUUGAGUUUGUAUGUGCUGCUCCAACUGAACUCACGUUAGACUGAGCUUUGGUAGUUUGGUUGUUAAAUUAUGUGGAAAAUGGUGCAAGAAUUCAUGCCUUUCAAUCUGUUUGAAUAUACGAAAUACCUAUGUGUGCAAAUUUCUUUGGCUUCAUUUUGAGUUUGAUCAAAUUGCUAAUCCGAGUAUUCAGUGUACAAAUUUGAAUGGUAAUGGGGAUUUUGUCAAGAUUUCGAUUUUGUAUACAUUUGUGCUUCUUUUGUGACA